AUGUUGAUUCCAGGCUAUCGCACCAUGAGCUGUGACUCUAAUUCGACCGAGCCUAUUGAUGAGAGGAUAUACGAGACAACGGAUAGUUCUAUCGACAACUUUUCAAGGCCAUCAAAUACAACACCAGAACUUGCUCAUCACUUGGAAAACCACUGUUCCAUUCUCGCUUUGGCUGUUGGAGAUCAUCAUGUCUAUGCAGGUACCCAAGACGGAGAGAUCGUAGUUUGGUCUCUAGCAUCCUACGAGAUUGUAAAACGGAUAAAAGCACACACACGAUCUGUCCUAUGUCUAUUCCUCUCCGAAGAUGGAAAGCUUCUCUUUUCUAGUGCCGGAGACGCCAUAGUGAACGCUUGGUGUCCUACGUCUCUCAAACGACUGCAUCAUAUCUACAGCACCUAUGAUGUUGGUGACAUCUUCAGUGUCUCACAUUCAGCUCAGUUUGAAAUGGUAUAUUUGGGCUCUCAGAAUACGAGUAUUCAAUGGUGUAGUCUGAAAGAUUUCGACUCAAGGAUUCCUCCCAAUCCCGAUAAUCAUCCCGACAGGCGUAACCAUAGAUUUUUUGAUUCUGUUGCUGGUGGUGGUUCAUCAACACCCCGCUCGCCAAGCACUAAAUGUUUAGCAGAAAACAACACAUUACUUGAGAUUAAUAAAUCACACAUGGUACAAUAUGCCCAUUUUGGCUACGUCUACUGCAUGCUAAUGGCCCGGGGCGUCUCGCAACUUGUUGAAACCAACGAAGACAUUUUAAUAUCUGGUGGAGGCGAUGGCACUAUUAAACUUUGGCAGCUCAGCCAUGACCAAGACAAAGGGAUCAAAGAAAUUGGUUGUCUCGGUGAAGACGACGCCGAAUCGGUUCUAUCUAUGGCUUUAAAUGGGUCCUUCCUAUACAGUAGUAAGCUCAAAGGUAUCAUUGAACUCUGGGACUUAGACACGAAACAAAAAGUACGCGUGAUAAAAGCACAUGGCGGCGAUAUAACAACGCUACAAAUGGGAUGGGGAUUCUUAUUUAGUGCUGGGUCUAACGGAUAUGCAAGACAAUAUACCACUAUUCAAUUAAAUCAACGAGAUGAAUCCAUACUAAGUCCCUAUUACCAAUGCGUUAGCCAGUGGCAGGCGCACAAUGGUAGAAUAAUGGCAUCCGCCAUGACCAUUUAUCAGGGCCAGAAAAUAUACAUAACUGGUGCUAGUGACAAUUCUAUUUCUUUUUGGAACAUAUCUGGCUGCGAUCCAACUGAAAAACAGUUGGAAGCCUCAACUGAGAAUCAACUGAUAAAGUCUCUUCAGGAAUUUGUAUCUUUUAAGACAAUAUCUUCAAGGGCCAUUCACGCUGAAGAUUGUAGGCGUGGCGCUACUUUCCUGCGAAAGCUUUUUGAGAAACAUGGUGCACAAACACACAUGCUCAAUAACCAAAAUAAAUGGAACCCUUUGAUAUACGCCAAGUUUAAGGGAAACCCAAGUACUUCUGCAAACCGUAAGAGGAUCUUGUUUUAUGGCCAUUACGAUGUCGUUCCGGCUGAUGAAAAGCAUCAAAACUGGAUGAUCAAUCCAUUUGAGAUGAAAGGUAUAAAUGGCUACUUAUACGGACGCGGAGUCUCUGAUAAUAAGGGACCGAUCAUGGCUGCGAUUUAUGGCGUACUAGACCUAGUACAGGAAAAGAAACUUGAGUCAGACAUCACCUUUCUCAUUGAGGGAGAAGAAGAAUCUGGAUCUCGAGGAUUUGAGUUUGCAGUACGAAAAAAUAAGGAAUUAAUAGGACACAUCGACUAUGUCCUCCUUGCUAACAGCUACUGGAUCAAUGAUGAAGUUCCAUGUUUGACUUAUGGUUUACGCGGGGUUAUUCAUGCGACUAUUACCGUUCAAAGUAAGAAUCCGGAUGUCCACAGUGGUGUAGACGGCAGUCAUAUGCUGGACGAGUCUCUAUUUGACCUUACGUCAAUUCUCGCAAAGCUAAAAGGGCCAAAAAAUCGAAUUCUGAUCCCUGGAUUCUACGACAGUAUAUUGCCACUUACGGCUGCUGAAGAGCGGUUAUAUGACGACAUUACGGAGACUCUGGUCCAGCUCAAUCCUGAAAUCGGAUCUCGCGAUGCUCUCAAAGCUUCAUUGAUGGCUAGGUGGCGAGAGCCCAACCUAACCAUCCAUCGAUAUUACGUUUCUGGACCAGAAGGAUCAUUAAUAUCAUCUCAAGCCAACGCAUCUAUUUCUCUUCGUCUUGUCCCGAACCAAGAAGUAGAAGAUAUUAUUAAAUCCCUCACAUCAUUUCUCUCUGAUACCUUUGCUCAGCUUCACUCUCAAAAUGAACUCGCAGUAAAUAUUGAUAAUUAUGCAGAUGCAUGGCUUGGUGACCCCAAAAAUACAAUAUUUCAAACAUUAGAGUCUGCAAUCUUGGAUGUUUGGAGUCACGGGGAAGAGAGGAAUGGCGUAAAGAUUCCUGAACCAAGUCCAGGGUUUCCCAUGACCUCUGGAAGCCAAGAAAAGUGUUCAGCUAUCAAUCUUGAACAAGUCAAUUCUCAAAUAUCAUCCAGUGUUGGCCCCAACUCUGAGAUUCCUACAUUACCAGAGAAAAUAACACUUCACGAGCCAAGAUUUAAGCUACCUAAUGAUGUCGAGAAGCUAAACAAGAAGUGUCACAAGCUAUUGUAUAUACGGGAAGGAGGUUCCAUCCCCUGUACACGAUUUUUGGAGAAAGAAUUUAAUGCACCUGCAGCUCAUCUACCCUGCGGUCAGGCUAGCGACUCGGCUCAUCUAAAUAACGAACGUUUACGGAUCAGUAAUCUUUACAAAAGUCGGGAGAUUUUUAAACGAGUGUUCUGGGAGUUGCCACGUAAAUAG